GAUAUAAAUACUAGCACAUACUGUGACAUCUUCACUAUUCUUCUUGGACAGACGACAUUAGAGGAAAUAAUGCAGCUUCAAGUUUUCAUUCCUUUGUGCGUGGUUUUCUUGUGCGUUGUUGAUAGCCGCAGUACGGAUUUUCAACGACGUCGUUUUCUUCAAGAAAUAAGAGCACUCAGCGGGUCUCUGGAAGUGACGACCGAGGAGCCCACUCCCACAGAGAGCUACCCGUCUUCCCCAGAUAAUGAGGUUCCUGAUGUCGACAUUCCAGAAAUUGAUUACGAAAACUGGCCAUACGCAAUGAUGGAAUUUACAAGUCUGAUUGGUAGAUGUAUAACAUCACGAGCCAUAGCCCAGAUGAUGCCCAACAGACCUCGAAACAAAUUUCUGACUGAAUCUUGCCCACUUAUAUUACAAGAGCUCAAAUCUGAGUUGAAGGAAAGCGUUAAAGACGAAAUAGAGGAAUUUGGUGAAGAGCAUUUCGGUGUUUUACAAUGUGUGAACCUUCUUGCUGAGAGGGAAAAUGUGGAAUCUGUUCUUAAAAUGUCGUCUCGUCCAAAAAAGACUAGGCCUUUUAGUCCACCAGGACUGGGAGCUGAAUCUACACCAAAAAGUGAGUGGUCAAUCGAAGAAAUGUCAAGUGUUCUGUUUGAGGAGGCGAAAGAUCUAUAUGAAUUGUGUGAGAGAACAUUAUCUGACGCUAUUCAAUCUCCAGAAGACUUAGAGAAAGAAACAAAACCUGGAAAACGUUUUCUUGGGGCACUUACCGGUAUUCCUCUUGCAUUUUUGAUAUGGUUUGGAUAAAACGAUCACCGUUUAUAAAGUUUCGAAUGUCGCCUUCAUCGUCGUCGUUACAUGUUCUAUGAGAAUAAAAUAUUUAAAAUCA